GAGCCUAGCCCCCUCGCAUCACCGCCUCCGCCUGCUCAAUAUCUCGGUCAAUUUCCGCCUCAAUAUCUUCAUCAUACGUCGCAAGCUGACGUAGAAGCUCCUCUCGGCUAAGCCUCUGUGCCUGAGGAUGAGGCUGAGGCUGAGGCUGAGGCGUAGGCUGAGGCGUAGGCUGAGUACUAUCUUGCCUCUGAGCUCGUGCCUUUUUCCGUGGUACCUUAUCCUUUGCACCAGGCGGCCGGCCGCGCUUUUUAGCUGCAGGUGCAGCCGUAAGUGUAGCCGUAGGUGUAGCCGUAGGUGUUGCUGUAUGCGCUGCUGUAUGCGCUGCCGUAGGCGCUGCUAUAUUGUGGACGGAGAAGAAAAGGAUGUAAUUAAUUGUGAUCAAGGCCGCAUUUGGAGAGAGCAUUUGGAAUUAGUGAGCAAGUUAAGCGAGCGAAUCGGAGGCUACGGAGCACCCCUCCGAGCCAAUCAGAAGGUGGUGAAACGACAGGGGGGGAGGGGGUGUACGCGCAGUGAAAAGGGGGUGUACGUAUAGGAAUU